AUAUCAAGUGUUAGUGAUGUCAAUGUGUUUGUGACUGAGUGUACACUUCUAUACACUAAUUGAUAGACUGUUUGAUGUAUUUGUUGUCCAUUUGUUUCACUAACUAAUAGACACUUUGAUGUAAAGCAUGGCUACCAAUACAGGGAAAGGAAAGAGCAAGAAGUCAAACAAGAAGACAAUCCCUUUGUCGGUGUUUGUGGCCGAAGACCAGACACCUCCUCAGGGAUAUAAUGUUGUGCACACACAGAAAGUGUCACUCGAUUGGGCCGAUCAGGUCGAUGAUAAUGACUUCGAUGACAGGUUUACUGUAAGUUAUAAUACACCAAACAAACCAAUAUUACUGCCGACGGGACCCAAAGCCACCCGCACUCCUGAUUUAGAUUUAACUCGAGUGCCGUCAGACCCGCCAUUUAAAGCCUAUUUAGGAAACCUUCCGUACGACGUCUCUCAACAGGAAAUUACCCGAUAUUUUUCCAAACUUGAGAUAAUUGACGUGCGAUUACCACUUCUUAAUGGUCGUCACCGCGGAUUUGCUUACGCAGAGUUUGGUAAUAAAGAUUCAUUGAUUGAAGCGCUCCAGAAAAAUGGAGACAUGUUUAGAAACCGACAGCUCAAAGUUGGUCUCCCCGGAGAUAAUGAAAGCUCUACCGGUAAUCGAGAAAAUCCUCGUGAGGAACGUCAGGAUAGAACUGCUGGUGAUUGGAGGACAGCACCGCGAGAUAACGAUGUUUCGCGUGAUCCACCAAAUCGUGACAAUUAUGGUUUCAGAAACGGUAUGAAUGAUAAUUCAUAUGACAGACAAAGAAACCAAGGAUCAGAUUCAAGUUAUGGCAGAAAUCGUUUUGAAAACGAAAGAACAUUUAGGCCGUCAAAUGACCGCAAUUAUGAAAGAAGUAAUAAUUACUCAAACGAGCGAUUUGGACGAUCUAAUGAUCGAGAAUUUGAUCGAUCAAAUAAUCGGUACUCAAAUCGAAAUGACGAGCGCUUUGAUGAUUCCCGUGAUAAUGACCGCUCGUCGUUUGGUCGACGUAUUGAAGACUCCAAUCGAUAUUCAAGUCGUAAUUAUGACGACAGAAGGACUGAUUCUCGACGAGAAUUUGGCGGUGGAUUUGAAAGGAGUCGAAGAGAUGAUUCGCAAUACGAUUCACGCAAUGGAUCUCCACCUCCGAGCAAAGAGACAUAUGAAGAACAACCUAAAGAAUCGGUUGAAGAACGACCUAAAGAAAGACAGAAAUUGCAAUUAAAACCCCGAACGAAACCUAUUGAUGAAAGUUCUGAAUCAUUAUCUAAUUCUGCUAUAUUUGGUGGCGCGAAACCUGUCAAUACGGCCGCUCGGGAACAGGAAAUUGAACAGAAACUUCUUAAGGAACGAGAAGAAUCAGAUAAAAAGUCGGACAAUAAUGAAGGUAGGAUUCGACGUAUUAGUUCGAGUAGUAAUAGUGGCGGUCGAUCACGAAAAGGUUCCGAAUCGGGUCAACCUCGAGAUUCAGACGAAUAUCGAAACAGUGGACAACGUCGUACUCGCAAAACAAGUGAACGGAAUUCUGUAAAUGAACCAAAAUAUACAGUUAUGCCGCGAAACAGUAAUGACUCUACGCAUACAAGUAGCCGAUACUCUUCAUCGCGUGAACCGCAAAGAGAUCGAGAAUCGAGAGACCAGCGCUAUAACAGUGGAAGAGGAGGUAAUAGUGGGACAAAUCGUAGUAAUUUUACUAAUAAUAAUAGGCGGGAUAGACAUGACAUCGGAUCAAAUAGAGAUCAUGAAAAGUAUGAGACAUACGAUAGACCGCCACGAAUGAGUCAAAAGUCGGAAGACGAGGACGAACGCAAAGUUGCUUAUACAACAUCCAACAAAUUCGCACAUUUAAAUAACGAGGACUACGAUGAAGAUGAAGGCGCCAACCCUUCCGAUUAAAUCUUUGGUAAUAAUAAUCGCUUGAUUUGUGUUUUACUGAAGCAAAACGUAAAUCACUAUAUAUUUGAAUGUUUAUUCGUGUUUCUAACUUUCAAACAAACUGUUUUGUAAUUUUAUGGUUUCUUUUUUGAUUAUUAUUAUUCAUUUAUAAGAAUAAUAUUAAAUAGUUUUGAUUUAUAGACGAUUUGUACUUUUGUUGAACUAAUUUAUUUUUAGGCCAUUAAGUUAACCAUUUGUCAAAUAUUCCUUUAUAUUGAAUUAUUACUAAUUAUUUUAAUAGGAUUUUUUAAAGUAUAUACAGUAUAUAUAUAUAUAUACAUUUAUAUACAAUUGAGAGCUAAUAAUCGAUUUUAAAAAUUUGUAAAUUAUAUGAUAAUUACUUUGUAUAACAAAGACAUGUAUUUGUGAACUAAAUGAAUACAUUAGACACGUCUUGUGGCCAUUCAAUGGGAUGGAUGGCAUCAAUGGCACUGUUGGCCAAACAUCUAAACAUUUAUUUUAGUAGCAAAAGUUGCACUCUUUAUUAUUAUCUUAUUUUAUUAUUUUUAAUAUCAUUUCCAAAAUUUC